CGAGGCUUUCACGAAAAUAGCUUUCCACAUGGAGGAGGGCGAUCGCUGGUUUGAGCUGGCUGGGCGCACCGACAAGGCUCAGCAGGCCAAGGACGAGAUGGACGACGCGGAGCGCAAGGUUGAUCAGCUCGAGUUGGAUUUCGGCGACCUGUCCCGGCUCGUCCGCGACGAAGUGGGCCGCUUUGAUGCACAGCGCCGUGAAGACCUCAAGGAGAUUAUCAUAGAGUUCCUUGAAUCCCUCCUUUCCGAACAGCAAGAUCUCCUCAAAGCCUGGGAACGAUUCGCCCCCGAGACUGCCGCCAUCAUCCUC